ACAAGUGGACUCCCGGGAGCUGGCCCUGCUCGUCCCCUGGGCCCUCCUUUCCCUGGUCCUGCAGGUCUUGCUGCUUGUCAGGCCUCUCCUCCAACCCUCUGCCACAUUUCAGAAAAGCUGAGAACCCCUUGGAGUGAAAAAGGAGGAGAAACACAGUGUCCGUAGCCCAGAAGGAGGUUAAAUAAAUACUUUCACUUCUCUUUUCCCCAUUUGGGCGGAGCCCUUUCUGAGUCAGUCUGUCGGCCGACUUCCUGCUUGGGGCCUGGGCAGCCACACUGCACGCAGGCUGGGCCGACUGAGGGGCUCAGAGGCCAGGCUCUGAGGCCCACGCAGGGCCUAGGGUGGGAAGAUGGCAGGUGGGGGCGGCGACCUGAGCACCAGGAGGCUGAAUGAAUGUAUUUCACCAGUAGCAAAUGAGACGAACCAUCUUCCUGCACACAGCCACGAUUUGCAAAGGAUGUUCACGGAAGACCAGGGUGUAGAUGACAGGCUGCUCUAUGACAUUGUAUUCAAGCACUUCAAAAGACAUAAGGUGGAGAUUUCAAAUGCAAUAAAAAAGACAUUUCCAUUCCUCGAGGGCCUCCGUGAUCGUGAUCUCAUCACAAAUAAAAUGUUUGAAGAUUCUCAAGAUUCUUGUAGAAACCUGGUCCCUGUACAGAGAGUGGUGUACAAUGUUCUCAGUGAACUGGAGAAGAUAUUUAACCUGCCAGUUCUGGAAGCACUGUUCAGCGAUGUCAACAUGCAGGAAUACCCCGAUUUAAUUCACAUUUAUAAAAGCUUCGAAAAUGUAAUCCAUGACAAAUUGCCUCUCCAAGAAAGUGAAGAAGAAGAGAGGGAGGAGAGGUCUGGCCUCCAACUAAGUCUUGAACAAGGAACUGGUGAAAACUCUUUUCGAAGCCUGACUUGGCCACCUUCGGGUUCCCCAUCUCAUGCUGGUACAACCCCACCUGAAAAUGGACUCUCAGAGCACCCCUGUGAAACAGAACAGAUAAAUGCAAAGAGAAAAGAUACAACCAGUGACAAAGAUGAUUCACUAGGAAGCCAACAAACAAAUGAACAAUGUGCUCAAAAGGCUGAGCCAGCAGAGUCCUGCGAACAAGUCGCUGUCCAAGUGAAUAAUGGGGAUGCUGGAAGGGAGAUGCCCUGCCCGUUGCCCUGUGAUGAAGAAAGCCCAGAGGCAGAGCUACACAACCAUGGAAUCCAAAUUAAUUCCUGUUCUGUGCGACUGGUCGAUAUAAAAAAGGAAAAGCCAUUUUCUAAUUCAAAAGUUGAGUGCCAAGCCCAAGCAAGAACUCAUCAUAACCAGGCAUCUGACAUAAUAGUCAUCAGCAGUGAGGACUCUGAAGGAUCCACUGACGUUGAUGAGCCCUUAGAAGUCUUCAUCUCAGCACCGAGAAGUGAGCCUGUGAUCAAUAAUGACAACUCUUUAGAAUCAAAUGAUGAAAAGGAGGGCCAAGAAGCCACUUGCUCACGACCCCAGAUUGUACCAGAGCCCAUGGAUUUCAGAAAAUUAUCUACAUUCAGAGAAAGUUUUAAGAAAAGAGUGAUAGGACAAGACCACGACUUUUCAGAAUCCAGUGAGGAGGAGGCGCCCGCAGAAGCCUCAAGCGGGGCACUGAGAAGCAAGCAUGGUGAGAAGGCUCCUAUGACUUCUAGAAGUACAUCUACUUGGAGAAUACCCAGCAGGAAGAGACGUUUCAGCAGUAGUGACUUUUCAGACCUGAGUAAUGGAGAAGAGCUUCAGGAAACCUGCAGCUCAUCCCUAAGAAGAGGGUCAGGAUCACAGCCACAAGAACCUGAAAAUAAGAAGUGCUCCUGUGUCAUGUGUUUCCCAAAAGGUGUGCCAAGAAGCCAAGAAGCAAGGACUGAAAGUAGUCAAGCAUCUGACAUGAUGGAUACCAUGGAUGUUGAAAACAAUUCUACUUUGGAAAAACACAGUGGGAAAAGAAGAAAAAAGAGAAGGCAUAGAUCUAAAGUAAAUGGUCUCCAAAGAGGGAGAAAGAAAGACAGACCUAGAAAACAUUUAACUCUGAAUAACAAAGUCCAAAAGAAAAGAUGGCAACAAAGAGGAAGAAAAGCCAACAUUAGACCUUUGAAAAGAAGAAGAAAAAGAGGUCCAAGAAUUCCCAAAGAUGAAAAUAUUAAUUUUAAACAAUCUGAACUUCCUGUGACCUGUGGUGAGGUGAAGGGCACUCUAUAUAAGGAGCGAUUCAAACAAGGAACCUCAAAGAAGUGUAUACAGAGUGAGGAUAAAAGGUGGUUCACUCCCAGGGAAUUUGAAAUUAAAGGAGACCGCGGAGCAUCCAAGAACUGGAAGCUAAGUAUACGCUGCGGUGGAUAUACCCUGAAAGUCCUGAUGGAGAACAAACUUCUGCCAGAACCACCAAGCACAAGAAAAAAGAGAAUACUGGAGUCUCACAACAAUACCUUAGUUGACCCUUGUCCGGAAAACUCAAAUAUAUGUGAGGUGUGCAACAAAUGGGGACGGCUGUUCUGCUGUGACACUUGUCCAAGAUCCUUUCAUGAGCGCUGCCACAUCCCACCCGUGGAAGCUAACAAGAACCCGUGGAGUUGCAUCUUCUGCAGGAUAAAGACUAUUCAGGAAAGAUGCCCAGAAAGCCAAUUAGGUCAUCAGGAAUCUGAAGUCCUGAUGAGGCAGAUGCUGCCUGAGGAGCAGUUGAAAUGUGAAUUCCUCCUCUUGAAGGUCUACUGUGAUUCGAAAAGCUGCUUUUUCGCCUCAGAACCAUAUUAUAACAGAGAGGGGUCUCAGGGCCCACAGAAGCCCAUGUGGUUAAACAAAGUCAAGAGAAGUUUGAAUGAGCAGAUAUACACCCGAGUAGAAGGGUUUGUACAGGACAUGCGUCUCAUCUUUCAUAACCACAAGGAAUUUUACAGGGAAGAUAAAUUCACCAGACUGGGAAUUCAAGUACAGGACAUCUUUGAGAAGAAUUUCAGAAACAUUUUUGCAAUUCAGGAAACAAGCAAGAACAUCAUAAUGUUUAUUUAACCAUUCUUAUCUCCUCCCUUCAGAUCCUCUGGCAGCUAGCUACGCAAUGUGCCUGUGGUCCCACUAAUCUCUGACUGCUCCUGUGGAAACUCCACAUCACAAUUCUCCAAAAUUUAUCAUUGCCAUUUUAAAACUGUCUUUUCAGCUUUCAAUAAAAUUCAACACCCCUUCAUGUUAAAAAUUCUCAAUAAGCUAAGUAUUGAAGGAACAUAUCCCAAAAUAAUAAGAGCCAUUUAUGACAAACCCACAGACAACAUUAUAUGGAAUGCGCAAAGGAAGCAUUCCCCUUGAAAACAAGCCCAAGACAAGGAUUCCCUCUCUCACCACUCCUAUUCAACAAAGUAUUGGAAGUCCUGGUCAGAGCAGUCAGGAAGCAGAAAAAAAUAAAUGGUAUCUAAAUAGGCAAAGAGGAAGUCAAACUAUCCCUGUUUGCAGACAACAUUGAUUCUAUAUCUAGAAAACCCCCUAGUCUCAGCCCAGAAGCUCCUUCUGCUGAUAAACAAUUUCAGAGAAGUUUCAGAAUACAAAAUUAGUAUACGAAAAUUACUAGUAUUCCUAUACACCAGCAAUAGCCAAGCCAAGAGCCAAAUCAGGAAGGCAAUCUCAUUCACGAUUGCCACAAAAAGAAUAAAAUACCUAGGAAUACAGCUAAUCAGGGAGGUGAGAGAGUUCUACAAUGAGAAUUACGAAACACUGCUCAAAGAGAUUGGAGAUGACACAAACAAAUGAAAAAACAUCCCAUGCUCAUGGGUAGAAACAGUCAAUAUCAUUAAAAUGACCAUACUGCCCAAAGCAGUUUACAGGUUCAAUGUUAUUCCUGUCAAACCACCAAUGACAUUCUUCACAGAACUAGAUAAAACUAUUUUAAAAUUCAUACAGAACCAAAAAAGAGCCCAAAUAGCCAAGGCAAUCCUAAGCAAAAAGAACAAAGCUGAAGGCAUCACGUUACCCCACUUCAAACUAUAUUACAGGGCUUCAGUAACCAAAACAGCAUGGUACUGGUACCAAAAAAAAAGCCACAUAGACCAAUGGAACAAAACGAAGAGCACAGAAUAAGACCACACUCCUAUGACCAUCUGAUUGUCGAUAAAAACAAGCAAUGGGAAAAAGACUCCCUAUUUUAUAAAUGGUGCUGGGAUAACUGGGAUAGAAGAUUGAAGCUAGACCUCUUCCUUACACCAUAUACAAAAAUCAACUCAAGAUCAAUUAAAGACUUAAUGUAAAAUCAAAAACUAUGAAGACUCUGGAAGACAACCUAGGCAAUACCAUCCUGGACAUAGGAACAGGCAAAGAUUUCAUGACAAAGACAAAAGCAAUGGCAACAAAAGCAAAAUUUGAUAAAUGGGAUCUAAUUAAACUUAAGAGAUUCUGCACAGCAAAAGAAACAAUCAACAGAGUAAACAGACAACCUACAAAAUGGGAGAAAAUAUUUGCACACUAUGCAUCUGACAAAGGUCUAAUAGCCAGCUUCUAUAGGGAACUUAAAUUUACAAGAGAAAAAGAAACCACCCCAUUAAAAAGUGGGCAAAGGACAUGAAAGACACUUUUUUUUUUUAAGAUGGAGUUUCACUCUUGUUGCCCAGGCCAGAGUGCAAUGGCGUGAUCUUGGCUCACCACAACCUCUGCCUCCCGGGUUCAAGCAAUUCUCCUGCCUCAGCCUCCCAAGUGGCUGGGAUUACAGGCAUGCACCACUUGACUGAUUUUGUAUUUUAGUAGAGACGGGGUUUCUCCACAUUGGUCAGGCUGGUCUUGAACUCCCGACCUCGGGUGAUCCACCCACCUUGGCCUCCCAAAGUGCUGGGAUUACAGGCAUCAGCCACCAUGCCCGGAUGAAAAGACACUUUCCAAAAGAAGAUACACAUGCAGCCAACAAGCAUGUUUUAAAAGCUCAAUAUCACUGAUCAUUAGAGACAUGCAAAUUAAAACUACAAUGAGACACCAUCUCACACCAGUCAAAAUGCCUCUUUCUAAAAAGUCAAAAAAUAACAGCUAGUAAGGUUGUGGAGAAAAGGGAACAUUUACACACUAUUGAUGGGAGUGUAAAUUAGUUCAACCACUGUGGAAAGCAGUGUGGCAACUCCUCAUAGUGCUAAAAGCAGAACUGCCAUUCCACCCAGCAAUCCCAUUACUGGGUACAUACCCAGAGGAAUAUAAAUCAUUCUACCAUAAAGACACAUGCAUGCAAAUGUUCACUGCAGCACUCUUCACAAUAGCAAAGAUACAGAAUCAACCUGAGUGCCCAUCAGUAACAGAUUGGAUAAAGAAAAUAUGGUACAUAUACACCAUGGAAUAGUAUGCAGCCAUAAGAAACAAUGAGAUCAUGUCUUAGGAACAUGGAUAGAGCUGGAGGCUAUUAUCCUUAGCAAACUAAUUCAGGAACAGAAAACCAAAUACCAUAUAUUCUCACUUGUAAGUGGGAGCUAAAUGAUGAGAACUCAUGAACAUAAUGAAGGGAACAACAGACACUAGGGUCUACUUGAGGGUGGAAGAUGGGAAGAGGGAGAGGAGCAGAAAAAGUACCUAUUGGUGAUGAAGUACUCUGUACAACAAACCCGUGACAGGAGUUUCCCUAUAUAACAAACCUUCACACAUACCCCUGAACCUAAGAGUUUUUUCAAUUGUAAAUAAAUGGAUCAUUUAAAAAAAUUUUAAUAAUAAAA